AUGAAUCAAUAAUCAGAUGAUUGGCCAUAAUGGUGGAAUGAAGUCAGAAGAUAAAAAUUUGGGUAUAAAUUCUAAAUUCAUAAUUUUUAGAAGUGAAACACCACCUAGAAGAUGUAAGUAAGUUCAAAUAAUUUAGAUGAAAUUACUGUUCCUUCCAUAUCUGCACAUACUUGGGUUAUCCUAGAUGCUUAGACUGGUCGAUUAAUUUGGGGAAAGAAUGAACAUUCUAAUAGAGAAAUUGCAUCCAUUACUAAAACAAUGACAGCUUAUGUCACUAUUAAAAUUUGUGAAUAACUCAAAAUUGAUCCUACAUAAGUAACUGUUUCCAUCUCUGAAUAUGCCAUUUAAAUUGGCGGAACAUCUUCUAAUCUACAAGAAGGAGAUACUUUAACAUUAUUAGAUCUUUUGCAUGGAUUAAUGUUACCAUCAGGAAAUGAUUCUGCUUAAGCUAUUGCUGAAAAUUUUGGAGUCUAUCUCUACUUUCAAUCUAAAUAUUUCUAAUAAAAAAUUGAUUCUAUUGAUAAUGAGAAUAAUACUAUACAUGUCAAUAAUCCUGCCCAGUAUUUUGUAGCUGAAAUGAAUUCCACUGCUUAAAAAUUAGGACUUUCAAAUACAUAUUUUACUAAUCCUCAUGGUCUAGCAAAUAGAUUAAAUAGAUCAACUGCUUAUGAUGUUUCUAAACUCUGUUACUAUGCCAUGAAAUUACCUCUUUUUGCUCAAAUUGUUAGAACCAAAGAAUACUCUUGCACUAUAACUAAUCUUGGCUAAACUCGUAUCUUAAAAUGGGAAAACACCAAUAAACUUUUAGAAUAAGGCUUCUCGGGUAUUAAAACUGGUGUUACAAAUGAUGCAGGUCCAUGUCUAGCAAGUCAUUUUAUUACUAGAAAACACUCCUAUAUACUUGUAGUACUUAAUUGCAAUUCUAAAGAAUAAAGAUGGGUAGACAGUUGUCGUCUCAUUGAUUGGGUAACUGAUAUAUAUGAAAAAUAAUGA